UCACAUGUGUCUCUAUCCAAUCAGAUUCCCUAGGAGGAGUCUGUAAUGCUUCUGCAGUACAAUCCUUUUCACAAAAUAAAAUAUCCAGCUACGUAGUCGUGUAGGAUCGCUGUUAAAUGAAUGUGUAAUUGUUGUUACAAUGUAUCGUCUCUGUAUAGAUAUGUUGUUUACAUUGACAGAGUAAUAGUCAGGCGGCACAGGGGUCGAUCGUAUGCAGUAUUCGCAUAAUGCUUCCAAUGCCUAGUGUCGAUGGGGACAUUUUUGACUGUGUUCAACGAGGGAACGUUGAACAUUGUGCAUAUAUCAUUCAACAUGAUCGAUCUAUCCUCAAAGAGAAAGGUUGGGGUGGUUUUAGUCCUCUCCACUUUGCGUCCCUACAUGGUAACCGUGCCAUGGUUGACAUGUUGCUAAGCAACGGAGCUGACCCCAACCUGACCUGUGAUGCAGGAAUGACGGCCUUCCAUUUCGCCUGCAGGCAUGGUAAUGUAUACGUGAUGCACCAGAUGAUGCAGCAUGGAGCUGACCUGCGCAUGGUAGACCAUCAGGGAAAAACCGCCCUACACCAUGGAGUAUGUGGAGGGAACAUUGUAGCGAUGCAGUACCUGUGGGAGACAGGAAUGUUUAGGUGGUGUGAUGGAGACAUGUACGAUGUUACACCUCUACACCUGGCUGCUGAUACUGGCAACACUGAGGUGGUCCGUUACCUGCUCCGAGGAAAGAGGUGUAUGGUGGAGACUGUGGAUGAGGAUGGGUUGACAGCGGUCCAUGUGGCAGCUGAGAGGGGCUGUGUAGAGGUGUGUUGGACGCUGUUACAGAGAUCCGGCUUCAGGAUGCUACACUUGAAGACCUAUAGCGGACACACGCCUCUGGACCUCUGCAGGCAGGGAAAGACAUUCAGACACUUGCAGCUGACCAAACUACUGACCCGCUACAUGAGGGAGCCACCAUUCAACAAACCUGAUGAGUCCCACCUUCUUUACUACUGGACGUUAUUCUUCCCAUGUCUGAUUGGAGGAGCUAUUCUGAUUAUCGCAACAAUGUUGGGGGGCUACGGAGGGAUAACGUGCGCCGUGCUCUUCCCCUGGCUGGCCAGGAGUAUAUUUUCCCAGUUCCACCGCAUGACGACCUACCAGAGGUUGGCCAACCCCGUCUACCUAGGGACUGUGAUAGCUGGAUUGUUCCACUCUCUAGUCUGCUUCUACUACAGAAUACUACCGCCUAGCUUGUGGGGUGAUGGUGUUCUGGGUCAUGUGUCGCUGGUCCAGUUCUCUGUGGUUCUGGUCUUGUUCUGGAUGGUUCUAACCCAGGAUCCUGGAGAGUUGGGACCGGGAGAUGCAGAUCCUCGCUACUCCUCCAUAACAGACCUGCUGGAGAACAACCAGAAUCCUCAGAGGUUCUGCAUCUACUGUGAGUUGUUCCAGCCAGACCAUACUAAACACUGUAAAUUGUGUGAUGUGUGUGUGAGGGAUUACGACCACCACUGCCUGUUCCUGAACCGCUGUGUUGGGGGUGGCAACCACCGCCUCUUCAUCAUCUUUAUCCUCUCCAUGGCCACAGCACACCUCCUUUUUGUUGCCGUGGCAACUUACCACCUGUAUGUGGUCGUGGUGUCCCUCGAGGACCAGUCAUUGGUUAGGGCAGUAGCUGCACAGUUCUGGGUGGUCUCCUUGACGAUAAUGAACGUUCUGACAAUCCUUUGGGAGGUGUGGUUGUUGACGGAACAGUUUGACGCCAUCGCCAUUGGGACUACCACCUACUUCAAACCUACCUGCGAGACUCGGCCACGGUCGCUAGGACAACGCUGGACAACGGUGCUUACAUUCCUAUUGGAGGGGAGGAGACGGUUAGAUUAUGGACUCACAGGGGACAAGAUCUCCAUAGACAUUUAGAUAAUAUGGACUCUAAAACCUAUGGUGAAAUGAAGAACAAUGUAUAUUCUGUCAGUUUUCCAUUCUUAAAACCAGCUGGAUCUUCUAGCCUGUUGAGCUAAUGCCUAGGCAUUUCCUCGGGA